AGUACCCUACGGUACGACGUAUGAGAUACAGUCGAGAAGUUCAGCCCUCAGUAUUCCGGGCCUGUUGAAGUCAGUAAUGCGUGUUUGUGUCUGCUAUACCUAGUGCAAACGUUUUGUGAUUCGUAAAUACUUGUCCAUAUACAUAUUAAUGUGCCUCGCCAGCUUCUUGUGACAAUAAGUUAGUCAAAACAAUAACGAGGAUUGCUUAACAAGAACGGAGACUAUGGCCACUACAGAAGCGACCCUUAACAUCACUGACCUGCCCAGCGACGUGAUAAUUGAGCGUGGUCUGAAUGUACCAGGCCUGGUGGCGAUCAUACUGUUCUACUUGGUGAUUCUUGGGAUUGGCCUUUGGUCAGCCUGGCGCAGAAGAGAUGCCUCAGGGACAGAAGAAGUUAUGCUUGCUGGCAGGGACAUUGGUAUGUUCGUCGGCAUGCUCACCAUGACAGCCACGUGGGUCGGUGGAGGUUAUAUCAACGGGUCGGCAGAAGCGGUGUACAGCAAAGGACUCCUCUGGUGCCAGGCCCCCUUCGGCUACGCCAUCAGCCUCGCUCUAGGUGGACUGUUCUUCGCCCGCAAGAUGCGAGAUGCAGCCUACGUGACGAUGCUGGACCCUCUUCAAGAGUGUUAUGGGCCACGAUGGGGCGCCAUGUUGUUCCUGCCAGCAUUGGCUGGGGAGACCCUCUGGUCUGCUUCCAUCUUGGCUGCCCUUGGGUCUACACUGGCUGUAAUCCUGGACAUGUCUAACACUGUUUCCAUCGUGGUGUCGGCUGCUAUCGCUGUGGUCUACACACUCUUCGGCGGACUCUACUCCGUUGCCUACACUGACGUUGUCCAGCUCUUCUGCAUCUUUAUAGGUCUGUGGGUCACGGUGCCCUUCGCCAUGACCCACGAGGCCGUGUCUUCCCUCAACCCCAACAUCACAAACUGGCUCGGCUCCAUAGACGCAGAUAAUCCCUCAGAAUGGGGUCAGUGGAUCGACUACGCUAUCCUUCUCAUCUGUGGAGGAAUCCCCUGGCAGGUAUACUUCCAGCGGGUGUUGUCAUCUCGCACCAGCAAGCAAGCUGAGGUCCUCUCCUACCUGGGAGCCAUUGGGUGCAUCACGAUGGCUGUGCCCGCCUGCAUCAUCGGCGCCAUUGCUAAGGCUACCGAUUGGCAAGAGACAGGCUACGGGAAGGAUGUCGCAGAUAAAGACCAGAAGUUGAUUCUUCCUCUCGUAAUGCAGUACCUCACACCUGGGUGGGUGGCUUUUCUGGGUCUUGGUGCAGUGAGUGCUGCCGUCAUGUCCUCUGCAGACUCCUCCGUACUCUCCUCUUCUUCCAUGUUCGCCAACAACGUUUACAAGAACGUCAUCAGACGAUCGGCAGGCGAUCGGGAGAUUUUGAUAGUGAUGCGCAUCUCUGUGGUGGUCGUUGCUUGUAUCGCUGCCAUUAUCGCCAUCAGGGGAAACUCCAUCUACGAACUUUUCUACUUGUGCGGGGACCUGGUGUACGUGAUGCUGUUCCCGCAAUUGACCCUGGCAGUCCACGCCCCAGCCCGAGUAAACACCUAUGGCUCCAUCGCCGCUUACUUCUUAGGCUUUCUCCUCAGGAUUCUCGGCGGCGAGGAUGUACUUGGUGUCCCUGUCGUCAUCCAAUAUCCCUACUUCAAGAACGGCACCCAAUACUUCCCCUUCAGGACACUGUCUAUGUUGGUAACUUUGAUGACGCUCCUGCUGGUGUCGUGGAUCACGCAGCGCUUAUACCAAGCUGGCAGUUUCCCAGACUUCCUUCAUGUGUUCACGGAGGAGAGCCGGCAAAUAGUUCACUCUGUUGAUGAGAAAACCCGCAAUGGGAUCGAGAACCCCGCACUUGAUGUGACUGCCAAUGUCACCGUCGAAAUGAAAACACUUUAGAUCCCAUGUAUCUUCUAGUUAGGAUUUAUAAAACUCCUUUUUCUCUAUUUUUAUAUCAUUUAACGACUGGUUGAGAUAAUUUUUCCCCUUACGGGCUCAUGCUGGCUACAUAUGAGCUCAUAAACAUCUUGUAUCAAAUAUGGUCUUACUGUAAAUCUCAUGAGGGGAACGUUAUAACUAGGACUAGGCCAAUUAACAUACCAACACAUCAUGUAUAAUUUGAGAGCAUAAUAUUCAAGUAACUUCAUUAUAGGUAGGUAGUAGGCAGCUAACAAACAGGGAGGUACUACCACCUGGGAAGAUAUUGGAAGCAUAAUGUGUUGUCUAAUGGCAGAC